GGGAAGGAUGACCACUCUCACACGGCAGGACCUUAACUUUGGGCAAGUUGUUGCAGAUGUGCUUUCAGAGUUUCUGGAAGUGGCUGUUCACCUUAUCUUGUAUGUCAGAGAAGUUUAUCCUAUUGGGAUCUUUCAGAAGAGGAAAAAAUACAACGUACCUGUCCAGAUGUCCUGCCACCCAGAGCUGAACCAGUACAUCCAGGACACCCUGCACUGUGUAAAGCCCCUGCUCGAGAAGAACGAUGUGGAGAAAGUUGUAGUUGUAAUCCUGGAUAAAGAGCACCACCCUGUGGAGAGAUUCGUCUUUGAGAUCACACAGCCACCUCUUCUUGCCAUUAGUUCAGAGUCCCUGCUCUCCCACGUGGAGCAGUUACUGCGUGCCUUCAUCCUGAAGAUCAGCGUGUGCGAUGCUGUGCUUGACAACAACCCCCCAGGUUGCACCUUCACAGUUCUGGUUCACACACGGGAGGCUGCCACACGGAACAUGGAGAAGAUCCAGGUGAUAAAGGAUUUCCCCUGGAUCCUCGCUGAUGAACAGGACGUGCACAUGCAUGACCCCAGGCUUAUUCCCCUGAAAACCAUGACAUCUGAUAUCCUAAAGAUGCAGCUCUAUGUAGAAGAGCGAGCCCACAAAGGCACCUGAUCACCAGUGUUCCUUGCCUUCAAGCCUCAUCUGAUCUAGUGGAUUAAGAUAUCUCACAAACCAUACCUUGCUAACUGUCUCUUCAGCUGGCCUUCUGGGUGAAUGUAGAGCAGCUGCUGCCUCUCUAUUUCAAGUGCUCUUACCACUGUAUAUAGAACUGACUUGGAAUGUGGAGCCAGAGCCUGUUCCCAUGUACACUCAUGUGUGAGUACAGGUUUUGUUACAGUGAAUCCCUGGGGGCAGGACCUAGGUGACUGCAGUGUGCAGUCAGGGCUUUGUACAGCUCCAGUUCUCACCUCAAUAGGGCAUCUCCAUUGCACA